CUCAUACGAAAAGAAAAAAAUAAAAUCCAUCGUGAAACGUUCGAAGGCCAUUUUCUUAGGACUACCAUAUCGGCGUUAAGGAGAAAGCUUAGAUCUCGUGCGGCCUUGUUUCUCCGGCUUGGAAAAAAUGGGUUUGUCCUUUGGAAAGCUGUUCAGCAGGCUCUUUGCGAAGAAAGAGAUGCGUAUUCUGAUGGUGGGUCUCGAUGCUGCUGGUAAGACCACCAUCCUGUACAAGCUCAAGCUUGGAGAGAUCGUCACCACUAUCCCUACCAUUGGGUUCAACGUUGAGACUGUUGAAUACAAGAACAUUAGCUUUACCGUGUGGGAUGUCGGGGGUCAAGACAAGAUUCGUCCAUUGUGGAGACAUUACUUCCAGAAUACACAGGGACUCAUCUUUGUUGUUGACAGCAAUGAUCGUGACCGUGUUGUUGAAGCCAGGGAUGAGCUUCACAGGAUGCUCAAUGAGGAUGAAUUGAGGGAUGCAGUUCUGCUUGUUUUUGCUAACAAGCAAGAUCUUCCCAACGCGAUGAACGCUGCUGAGAUAACCGACAAGCUUGGGCUCCACUCCCUCCGCCAACGACACUGGUACAUUCAGAGCACAUGUGCCACCUCAGGAGAAGGUCUCUAUGAGGGACUUGACUGGCUCUCCAACAACAUCGCAAACAAGGCAUAGAAGGGAUGUUAGCCAGAUUCCUCUUUUGCUUUUGUUUGGUUUAUAUAAAUCAAAGAAGGGAUCUGUUUCGCUAGUACUAAAAGAUUUAUUAUUAUAUUCUUCUUCUUCGUCUCUUAUCUCAAACUCAGAUCGUUUCACACUUUUGUAUUUUCCCUUUAAAUAACUCGUUACUUUUCGCCUCUUAUUGCCGAAGUGAGUAUAUCAUCUUUAUCUUAUC